AGGAACAACAUGUUUGGCAAAGCUAUCGGUCUGUUGGCACUCACAGCUCUCGCAGAAGCUUCCGGCAAGUGUCCUGCCAUCUGGUCGACCAUCGCUUCAGAUCUCUCACAGUCCUUCAUCGGUCCCAAUGGAUGUACCGACCUUGCACGAGGUGCCAUCCGUUUUGCUUUCCAUGACGCUGGAUCAUACUCAUCAAAGACACCAGUCUAUCCGCCUGCGACUGGUGGUGCCGAUGGAUCCCUUCUCCUGAGCUCCGUAGAAAUCUCACGAGACGAGAAUGCUGGCCUCCAGCAAUAUUACAACUUUUUGCAUGGCAAAUACGACCAGUACAAGUCUCAGGUCGGUGCUGCAGACUUGGUUCAGUUUGCUGCAAGUGUGGCGAUUGUCAGCUGUCCUGGUGGUCCGAAAGUUCAGACUGUAUGUCAAUCAAAACUUCUCAGUAUGAAUUGGACUAAUGCAAUCUACAGNGUAGUCGGUCGCAAGGAUACCAGCACCCCAGCACCUGAUAACCUCUUGCCGAAAGCCUUCGGACCAGGAUCUGCUCAGCAGGUACUGAUCCAGCUCUUCGAGGACAAAGGGAUCAGUCAGCCUGAGCUUGCUGCUUUGAUUGGUGCACACACUGCAUCCAAAGCCACUGCUCAGGAGCAAUACGGUGUUCCUUACAAUGGCCAAUGGGAUGUGGCAUACUACUCUCAGACAGACAGCCACCCAAAAGGUGUCUACAGUCUUGAGUCUGAUGUCAACUUGUCUAAUCCCAAUUCAACGGUUGGUCAGGUAUUCCAGAGCUUUGUCAACAGCCAGACUUUCGCACCCGCAAUGGCUCACCUCAGCAUCCUCGGUAUCUCUCAAUCAGAUCAAGCAAAAUUUAUCGAUUGCACAAGCGCAUUGCCCUCUGGAUCCAAUGCAAGACUCAUCCGUGCAGCUCCUAUCAAUGAUAGAAUCAGAUAA